AUGGUUCUUUGCAGGCCUAGACAUCAGCUCUUCAUUAUCUUAUAUUCCAGGACUCGAACCCUCAAUCUCAUCCAGGCCACGCCCCCCCGGCCACGCCACGCCCCCUGCCAGGCCACGCGCCCCCCGGACCACGCCCCCUCGCGGUACGUUACCGUGCUUCUGUUGAAAUAAAAUGGAUGUUUUCAGAGCGCUGGAGGCUGCAGUGUGUACCGUAGCACUGUGUGGUUUUAAGAAAAACACACCUUAAAAGUUGCUCACGAAACUUUUUUUCCCUCCAGUGACAACUCGCAGGUUUUUCAACCUUACGUGUUGCGCACUCGCAGGAACAGUACGACAGUUAUGAGCCGCCACAGUAUGUUGUUGUCAUCAUCUCCUAUUCGUAUUCCUAGUAGCCGACUUCAUCAGAUCAGAAGGGAGGAAGGAGUGGAUUUAAUGAACAGAGAAACAGCACAUGAAAGGGAAGUGCAAACAGCAAUGCAGAUAAGCCAGUCAUGGGAGGAAAGCUUGAGCCUGAGCGACAAUGACUUGGACAAGUCUGAGAAGUCUUCCUCUCCAAAGAGGAUAGACUUCAUUCCAGUUUCGCCUGCACCUUCACCUACAAGAGGAAUAGGAAAGCAAUGUUUUUCACCAUCAUUGCAAAUGUUUGUGAGCAGUAAUGGGUUACCUCCAAGUCCUAUUCCCAGUCCAACAAGGCGAUUCUCCAACAGGAGGAGUCAAAGUCCAAUCAACUGUAUCAGGCCCAGUGUUCUUGGCCCCAUUAAAAGAAAAGGUGAAAUGGAAACUGAAAGUCAGCCAAAGAGACUUUUUCAAGGAACAACCAACAUGCUUUCUCCAGAUGUUACACAUCUGACAGAUCUCAGUUCAUGCCUGUCUUCAGAUAUUCUUGAUGGGAGCAGCAGCAGUGUUGGCUCUUCCUCUGAUUCACUGACUAAAGGCAGCAUAACCACAGAGUCUCCAGUAACAUGCUCAAACUCAUGCUCUUCAUUCAUUUUGAUGGAUGAUCUCUCACCUAAGUGACUUAAGUUCUGAGUCUGUCCAGCUGUGCAGUUCCCUUACUGUACACUGGUACAGAGAAACAAACUCUGAUCCUUGAACCGUUAACAUGAGGAUUAUUAAAAGGAAAAAAUAUUGUAACUGUAAUCCUUGGCGACUUUCCAGUGGUUUUUUUUUUGAUUUAUCCAUUUAAUGGACAUUGUAGACCAUAUUAAUGUCUGGUUUUGCGAAUUUAUUUUUUAAACAAGAUGUCUGCUCAGAUUAUACUAACUUCUUGCUUUCAGGAACUUGCAUACACUUUUUGAUUCCAAAAAUAGGUAUUUACCUAUUAGUGUUGCAAUUUGUAGGAAAAUAUUUCUCUCAUUAUUGUGAUCAAUAUGUCUAGCUAAAUAAUUUGGUUCGGAAGGAUUUGAAAAUACUAAUUUAUUCUCUGGCACUUCUACCAUUGAGUAAAACUAUUCUUGCUUUUUUUCAGUCACUAGUCUCCAAAUCUCUUAUGGAAGGGAGGAAAAAAUAUUUUCUUUUUUUAGUGCUGCUAGUCGUUUUUAUUACAGAAUAAUUUCCACGCAGCAGGUGUGGGAAUCUCACUCUGUUACAUUAAAGGAAGACAGAAACCCACAACAAGGUAACUAAUGACUGGCACUUUUGGCAUCACUGAAGAAAUAACAAUACUCUACGAACAUGAUUAAAAUAGCUGCAUAGUUCUCUCCCCAGAUCCUUUAUCCUACAGAUUGUAUGAAAUAAGGUCAAUAUUCAGCAAGAUUUGGCCAAGGAAAAUUAAUCCAUGCCUCGAUCUAAGACAUACAGUGCAGAUAACUAAGUUAUUUAAACUACUGUGUAGGAGAAACAUGUAUGGCACCAUCGAUGUCUCCUGUGGCAUUGAGGUCAUAGGUAUUUUUGUGCCUUAGGGGACAUUGUUACAAAAUUAUGGAAUGUAAACCAGAGGGGUGGGUGGGAAAAGUCCUCUGUGUACAGCUUGUUUAUAGAGUGCUUACCAGAGUUUCUUGUCGAUGCUGCUUUCCUUAGUGUUCCUUUCCCAGGUGUGUGCUCCGUUGCAAGGUGCUGUGGGCAGCCCCAACUCAGCUGUGAGAUGGCAGCCAAUGUAAUACCCUUUGCAGCCGCUGUGUACAGCCUUCGUACCAUUGUUGGUCACGAGCAGGGCAAACGGCUAAGCAAACAGUCGAUUUCUAAGGAAAGACUUAAAAGUUUGGAUUGAAUACAAGCUCUGCAAAUUGUUUGGCUAAGGAGUUCUAUUUGAGCUAUGAGUAGUCUUGAUACAGUACCUUGGUUAGUCUAAGGUAAGACAAUAGAUACUUUACUUUUGAAAGACUUUAACGGGGCAGAAUAAAUCCGUUUGUAAUCUACUGUGUUAUGCUAUUUAUUAUUUAUAACUAUGUAAAAAGUCUGUGGUGAUGAAUUAUAGUAUUUUUUUAUGAUUGAAUAAGUUUUUUUAUGUUCAGUAAUUGCUGGCUGGUUUGUAUUUAAUACGCAACAUUGUCUGCCAGAAUCGUAAGCUUCCAUUUUUGAAUGUUUGUAACAUAAAUGCUUUUGUUACCUAAAAGUACAACUUCUGAUCUUUCUGAAAGAAAAUAGCACUGAAUUUAAAGUAAGAUUAUGUGCUUUAAAAAUGAGCACAAUCUCUGGCAAUACUGUCUGGCUACAAAGGGGAGGGGGAGAACCAUAGUUUUUUUUCUGUUCUGAAGAAGCUGUUGAGUUUCCAGAAGACAUGUACAUACCAGAUUAUUUUAAAAAGUGUUUCCAUUAAAUUGUAAGAAGUUCCAUAAUGGGCCAGCAGUGGCAUUAUUAUUUGUAUUUUCAUUUUCACCUGUGGAGCAUUAGUUCCCCACCUCAAAUAAAUGUGCAUAUUGUAAAAUAUUGUCCAUUGGUGCCAUUUUUAAAUGAGCUCUACAGUAUUGAAUGUUAAUUUUAUUUGUAUAUGCACAGUGCUAUUUCUUGAAUUUUUGAUGUCUUAAACUGCUUAAUUAUUUUUUUAUUCAUGCUUGUAUCUUCUCUGCCUUCUUGAUGCUAAAGGAGGGCUGCUUUUACGUCUGCAAAAUAUUGAUAAACAGUCUGUGAUAAAAUUCAACCUGUUACCUGUGCUCCAGUUUCAUUAUACCCUGCUUUUAUUGGUACUGUGAUUUAGAAAUCUGAACAAGGGGUAACAGAAGGGGGAAACCUAUUGCAUGCUUUCUUAAAACUGAGAAGAGCAUAGCUAUUGCUUAUUUUUGGCUGACUUACCUGUACAAUUGAUGUAUUCCAGAUUUGUUUGUUAGUGGAGAGUCUUAUAUAAGUGCUGGCCUUUGUAAACAUUAGAAUGUAAGCUUCAUAAAGCAAACGCACAAAUAUUCACUCUUGUUACAGCAUUUUUUUUAAUGUUCUGGCUAUUCUCCACUCUUCAGAAGACACUGCUCUUUUAUAAAAUAUAUAUUAUACAUAUGUAACGCGCACACACACACUGUGUCUCUUUCAGAACGAGUGUCACUGUGUAAUGUAAUAGGUCCCAUCUAGGACCAUGUUCUGUUUCACACGCAGAGCUGUAAGGCCACUUGUUCAUUUUAAAACUAAGUUUUCUAAUACUUUGAAUGCUGAUAAGCUGAUACUCAACCGCAUGUGAGUUGCUGCUGCUUACAGAAUCAGUCUUUGUUGCAGUGUAAAGGCUAGUACAGCGUUCUAUGACUAAAACUGACUAAAAGCUGCAUUUACUGGAUCUGUUAACUGUCUUGUCUGUAAUGAAUUAGGUACCAGUUUGGGGAAGAAGGCCAGCUGGUGCUGGUAGUCAGCUUUAGUAUAUAACUACUGACACACUUAACUGGUUUUUUUAUGACUUCAUCAAACCUUUGUGCUGGAUUGCCAUGAUGAGUGUCUGAGAAUUUGUCUUUCCUCCCCCUCUUUUUUUUUUUUUUUUUAAUAAGGAAUCAUUAAUGCAUAUCUGUUGUUGAGAAUCACCAGUGAUAACUUACCUUUUAAUGUUGUAACUGUUGAGAAGAAAGUUAAAAUACCAGCAAAUACUAGUGUAUUUCAAGCAGCAUUUUAGAUGAACUAUUUUCAAUAUGUUAAUUAGCACACCAUUAUGAUGUUGGUCUUUAUUCGCCUCAUUGACUAGCACUGCCUUGAGAGCAUAACCGAAGCACGCUGAAUCCUCAUUUCGUGGUCUUAAAAUGCUGGAAGGAUUUUACCAAUGAUUUAGAAAAAUGUGUGUGUCAGCUGUGGAACUCUAUGUUUUGAUAAUAUCAAGUGUUCUGAAUCAGGAAAUGGAUCACAGUAUGCAUGUUUCAUUCUUCUUCAUUGAAUUUCAAAUUGGGGAUCAUGGGCCCAAAAGCCUGUAUUUAAGGGGCUGUUUUUCUGACUGUAUGUGAUUAAAUACUUUCUCCUACAAUGAAAGUAAUUAAACUGUCAGUGGGUGAGGAUGUAAA